AUGGUGGAUGCGCCUAAAUACCUCACGGGCGAUCCUGCGGGCAUCCAAGAAUUUCUUGAUAAGUUUGAUGUCUUUCUCUUUGACUGCGAUGGCGUAUUAUGGUCAGGAGACAUUACAUUUGAGGGGACGGUUGAGACAUUGGAGAUGCUAAGGCAGAAAGGAAAGCAGAUUAUCUUCGUUACCAACAAUAGCACCAAGUCUCGCGCGGAUUAUAAAAAGAAACUGGAGAGCCUGGGAAUACCGGCUGAUAUCGAAGAAAUCUUCACUUCCUCCUACAGCGCCUCAAUCUACAUUUCCCGCAUCCUCACCCUGCCCCAGAAUAAACAGAAAGUCUUCGUCCUUGGUGAAACGGGCAUCGAACAAGAACUCAACGCUGAAAACGUCCCCUUCAUUGGCGGCACAGAUCCCACCUACAGACGCGACAUAUCGCCACACGACUUCGGCCAGAUCGCCACCGGCGAUCCCUCCAUUAUCGACCCGGAAGUCGGCGUCGUGCUGGCCGGCCUCGAUUUCCACAUCAACUACCUGAAACUGGCGCUUGCGUACCACUACUUGCGGCGCGGAGCGGUAUUCCUUGCGACCAAUACUGAUGUCACACUUCCCAAUGCCGGCUCCUUUUUUCCUGGCGCGGGGACAAUAAGUGCACCGCUUAUAAGGAUGUUGGGUGGUAAGGAGCCGGUUGCGCUGGGGAAACCUAGCCAGGCUAUGAUGGAUGCGAUUGAGGGGAAGUUUAAACUGCAGAGGCACAGGGCGUGUAUGGUUGGUGAUCGGUUGGAUACGGAUAUUAGGUUUGGAAUCGAGGGUGGUUUGGGGGGCACUUUGGCGGUUUUGACUGGGGUGAAUACUAAGGUAGAUUUUACGACGGGACCGUUGAGACCGACGGCCUAUGUGGAUGGGUUGAAAGACCUGCUUGAAGCUGCGUAG